AUGAUUAGGCUCCCAGAAAAAAUUAAAUAUGAUGAUAAAAAAGUGGGAUCAAAAGUAGAUUUAGCCUUAGCUAAACAGCAGCUGGAAACAUUAACAGAAAUACUGAAAGAGGCUGGGAUAAAUGUUAUUGAAUUAGCACCAGAAAAAAAAGGACAUUAUUUAAGUUUGUUUCCAGAUGAUGCUGCUAUAGUUAUACAUGGGACAGCUUUAUUAACAAGACCCAAAAAACAGGAAGGACGUUUUGAUGAAAUAGCACAAAUUCUUAAAGAAUUAACAUGGAAUGUUGUUAGGUGUGAAGAAAAAGAAAAUGGACAUUCAAUUAUACUUGAAGGUUCUGAUGUAUUAUUUACAGGAAAAGAAAUUUUUGUUGGAAUUAGGAAAGAUGGAACAAAUAUGGAGGGUGCUUCAAUUGUAGCAAAAACAUUUCCAGAUAUUCCAGUAAUGCCUAUAUAUUUACCAAAUAAAUUACCACUUAAGCAUUAUUUUUGUAUGGUUAAAGAAGGAGUAUUAAGUUAUUUUAAAUGUAAAGAUUCUGAUAUAAUCUUAGAAAGAUUAAAUAGAGAAGCAACUUAUAAAUAUCAAAUAUUAUCAUUAGAUCAGGAUACAUCAUCAAAUUGUUUAAAUGUAAAUGACCAUUUAAUAUAUCGAGGUGAUAUAAAUGAAACUAAAUUUAAUGCUUUAAAAUUACCCAUUGAAUUGUGGGGUAUUAAUGUUAGUGAAUUGAUAAAAAUUGGAGGUUCAUUGACAAGAUUUUGUUUACUAAUAAACAAAAUAAAUAGUAAAAAAGGAAUUUUAUUAUAA